CAGAACAUCGCCAGAAUUCUUCUUCCGGCACCCUCGCGGCCGCCAUGGGAGGAGAACCGACGACGGUGGCCGAGAGCAUGCCGACGACAGCCACAACGACAGCUCCUAUGGCUAGUAGCAACGCGGUUGCUGCCACGCCAUCCAGUGACGCGACGUCAACGUCACCGAAAACGUCCCCAUCGUCGACGCCGAAACGAUCGCCUCGACAACAAGAACCGUACUAUUGGGUCAAGCACACAACGUUCCUCCAGCGCAACGUGUCGUACAUUUGCCAGAAUAUCAACGGCCCAUGCCCACUUCUCGCGAUCUGCAACGUCCUUCUCCUUCGCGGCCACGUGAGCAUCGACGCCGUGCUGCACACGUCUGGAACGUCCAGCUACAUAUUCGCGCGCGAUGUCGUCCACAUAGUCGAAAACAGACUUCUUCACACGAAUCGCAACUUCAACGAGGUAAAACAUGCCUGAUCCAUCAUCACUCACGUCGUCGACCCCAUGCGUCGAUCUGUCCACCAGGCCGAACGGGUCCUCUUGAACGAGGUGGUGGCCUUGUUGCAAACGCUCCAAGUCGGCCUCGACGUGAAUGUGCAGUUCCACGAUAUCUGCGCCUUUGAAUACACCAACGCCUGCGCGAUCUUCGAUCUCCUCGACAUGCGCCUCGUCCAUGGCUGGGUUGUCGAUCCCCAGGACACAGUCGCGUAUUCUCUCCUGGCGCACAAGUCGUACAAUCAGGUCGUCGACCAGCUCAUUGACUACCACAGCAUGUGCGCGGCGCCAAAGGAGCAGACGCUUCCGACCCUGAUGAAGGAGCGCAGCCUGUCGAUGGACGACGCGGCGCUCAAGCUGAAUCAAAUCGCCGCCAACGGUCCCGUCAUCGAUGCGUUCUUGGCCGACAGCGCCACUCAAUUGACGUACGUUGGGUUGAUUCGACUCCACGAACACAUGAAGGAGCGGGAACUGGCCGUGUUUUUCCGAAACAACCACUUUGCCACGAUCUUCAAGAUGGAAGGCGCGUUGUAUUUGCUUGUCACGGACACUGGGUACUUCGACGAGCCCCACGUCAUUUGGGAAAAGCUCGAACAGAUUGACGGCGACUCGGAGUACUACACGAUGACGUUUGCACCUGUGGUUGGGGACACAACCAAGCAAAAAGAGUUGCUGCAGCCUCCAUCGUCGGGAACUGUUCACGACGAGGCUCCGCUGGUCGCGCCAGUGCCUGCUCCGCGACCCGCUGUCCCAUCGCGCGAUAGUCCGUCGAUCGCGGCAGCCGCAACACUAGCGGACGAUUAUGCGUUGGCGUUGAAGCUGCAGCAAGAAGAAGAUGAAGCCGACGCGCUAUUCGUACGCCAUGCCAAGCGACCAAGCCCUCAAGGAACGACAAAAAACAGCCCCACGGGCAUGGCAGCGCCGCCGCUGCGGCCAUCGUCGCCAGCUCGACAAAGUGAGGCGGUGACGUCGAUCGUUCGACCCCAGCAGCCUCCACCACUACGUCCUGGCGGCAGCAACGACCCGUCGCUGUUGAUUUUAACGGCAGAAGAACUCCAGAUGCAAGCGGACGCCGAGCGCCAUUACAACCAACAGCGACGGAUGCAGUUGGGUCAGCCGCCAAGCGCCGGCGCGCCUUCACGGCGGCAGAGCGGUGUCGCCGGCACCGCAGACAAUUGCAGUGUGAUGUGACCAAAUUUGAUGUGCUGCCAAAGUCCAUGUGCUCGAACACGCAAGACGAGAAAAAAACUAUCAAAGCGCGCUCAAAGCACUUGCAUGACGCAGGGAGUCCGACCGCACAACGAAUGCCCGUCGACCAAGUCGACCAGUUGAUUGAAACAAACUCGACCGAGUCACGCAUGUCGUCCAUGUAAAACAAAACGACGGUGCGGGGGCGUUUCGAUUGGGGCGCAUGCCCCACAAGACAUGCAUCUUGCCAACACGGUCGUUGUAGCGAUCGGUGCAUGGGGCAGUCGGAUAGCUGACAAGUGGUCGCAUAUCUCGUUUGUCGUAGAGGCGCAUUGCUGGCGACUCUUUGGACAGCAAUGACGCGCCAGGUAUUAUUCCAAUCGAACACGUACGUACAACA